GGGAGUUUGGACACUUACACAGAUCGCAUAUCAAGGGUGGAAUUCUUCGAAGGAAAAGCUGCUUUCCCCUUUGUAGCUCCUCAUCAAAAAGUGUAAAAUGAAUAAAAUUAUUGUUUAUGAACAUGGAUACUUUAAAGGACUCUGUAGAGAAUUUACUUCAGAUGUUCCUGACCUACACAGUAUGGACUUUGGGGACUGUAUCUCCUCUAUUAAGGUGAUUGGACAACCAUGGCUGGCCUUCAGUGACCAAGACUACAAAGGUGUGGUCCAUGCAUAUGAAGAAGGAGAAUAUGACCACAUCAGCCAAAAUGAUAGCAUUUCUUCUCUCCAGCUAGUGAGUGAAGACCUGGAACAUCCUCAGAUUACAAUGUUUGACAAACCUGACUUUAAAGGGACAAGUAAAAUAAUAACAGAGGAAACCAACUUGAUUUAUGGAUAUUUCAAUGAUAAGUUAUCUUCCCACGUUGUCCAGAAAGGCGUCUGGGUCUUGUAUGAACACGGAAAUAGAAGGGGCUGGCAAUACAUAGCUCGGGAAGGAAAUAAACUUUCAAAUUACGAGUCUGUGUUUCAUAUUAAUAAGAAAUGUUCCCAUGUGUAUCCCCUUAAAGGUGGUCAGCCUACAAUAAUUUCCAACAUCUUAUGGGAUAGCAGGAAAAUAGAGAGUGAGAGGGAUGUAGUGAUUGAUGAGAUAAAUGGUGUCAACCACACAGAUUCUGAGCAGAUAUUUACCACCACUACCAGCAAAAUCUAUGAAACAACCACUAACCAUAGUUUCAAGUUAAAAAGCUCUGCUCUUAAAAUAGAUGGGAGAUUCUACUUAAGGAUUGAUCCAAAUACUAAUCUCUUGGUGGAACAGGGAAGCAUGGACUCUACUGUCACCAAAGACAAAGUUGAGGUGAGCAUACCAGCCAAGAUCCCACCACAAUCAGAACUGAACAUCCGUGUGAUCAGGAAGGUAAUCACUGCUUCUGUUCCCGUCGAACUGACCAUAACCAAGAAUGGGAAAUCAAAAACAGAAUGUGCAGAAUAUCGUAGUGUCUCAGGAAGCAGCAUCUGUGCCAAAUAUAUUGUGAAGCAAAUUAAGAAGAAAACAUAGAUUAAUUCAUCACCAACAUAAAAAAUGAUGCCAGCUAACAUCCUGUCCUUGUUUAGAGUAUCCAUAUAAUCAAGAAGGGAAUUACAGUUUCCAUGGAACUGGACAAUUUUCAGAAUGGAAGAUGAAGACAUGGAAUUAUACACACCUCCUUGUCUUCUACUUUAAUUUAACCAAGCCUCAAAAAUGCACAGUUCUAUGUAUCUGAGAAAGUGAGCUCUGACUCAUGAAAGCUGACGCUGAAAAAAAUGUUAGGAGUCUUUAAAGUGCUAUCAGACUCCAGUGUAACAGGUAUUCUCACCAGCCCCAGAUACUUUUAUCUUUUUUCUGUGUUUUUCCCACCCUGCCAUAUUCAGUUGUAUUUAGGAAGGACAAUUGAUAUUUUCUGGAUUGUAGCAUGUUUUCUUCUGUAUUUUGAUGGCAUCUUUAAUUCCAAAUCCAUUAUCCCACAUUUGUAUUUGUGCCUGGAUAAAGCAAACAAAAAACUUUGUACUCAUUUAUUACUUAAGAGUAUUUCUGUGGUCAAGAAAGGUCAAAAACAUCUCCUUUCUUGGAAUCAUAAAAAGAGGGGUACAUGCAGUUUGGAAAAUUUACAAUCCCUAAACAAUUUUUAAAAGAUUUUAUAUAACUCUGUAAAAUGGGGGGGGGGGGGAGGAAAAAUGUAGAUCACAUCUCAAUAGCAGUUACAAGUAUAUUAAAAAAGAAGAAAAAGUAAAAUAUAAUACAAUAGACUAUGGUAUCAUAAACAGUAAACAAUAAAGGAUGAUAGCAAUUAUGAACAGUAGAUAGUUAUAUACUAAUAAACAUUAAAUGGUGAUUAUCAUAAUAAUACAUCUUAGCAUAAUAAUAAAUCUUAGCAUAAAUCAUAAAGUACCUUACACAAUACUUGAUCAAUGAUAUUAAUGUUAGACAAUUUUAUAAGAUGAAUUAUGGUGAAAUAGAAUACAUUUUUAAAAGCUUGCAAUGGUGAUUACUUUUAUAAAUUUCUAAAAAUACUUCCUGAAUAAUGAAAAUUGACUUCACAUAUUAUUACCAUUUUUCCAUAAUAUAUUGAAAUGUUCCCUCCUUUUAACUCCUUUUCAAUAUAACAGAUCAAUAGGCUCAUUAAUAAUUCAUAUAUAUUACUUCAAAAUUUCCUUCUUUGCUCCCCAUUUUAUAGGAAUAAUAUGAGUAAUAUGCUUUCCACUUAUACAAAAAUAUGUAGUUGAUCCCUUAUUCACAUAGUUCAUUAAUUUUUGCCAUUACUACAUAUUCAGCUAGUUUACUUUCCCAGUACUUUUGGCAUGGGUAUUCUUCUGCUUUCCAUUUUGCUGCAAAUGUAAAUCUGGCUGCUGUUAUCAUAUAUCUAAACAAUUCUUCCAUAAUUUUUGGAAUAUUUUUAGGAGGAUGUCCAGUAACGUACUCUUAGCUUCCAUAAUAAAUUUGAUUUUUAAUUUUG